AUGUCAACCUCUUCAGUCCACAAGGACGUGGAAACUGGCUCCCUGAAACUUGAUACAAAAAGAGCAGACUCUUUUUUGAAUUCAAAGGGUUCAAAAUUAGCGUCCCCAUUCCCCUCUCCCACCGAAGCCAAGGAACCGGCCUCAAUCAGGCACACUCAACCCACGAACGAGAUUGAGACGAGUGGCACGCUACCAGACAAAGAAAAUGCGCGUCCUUCUUCACUUAAACAAGGCUCACCGAGAGGAAGACCAUCUUUGAAUACACGAGCACCCAACAGGUCGAUUGACGACCAACAACCAUUUACUCGUCAUCAGCGUCAAGCGUCUAUCCCUGGGGUAUCCCCUCCAUCGCGCGCCCAAAGUGUACAAUUCCGAGAUACAGAUACAGAGGUUCCCGACGCGUCCCAGUCUCGGCCGCAAUCGCGACCCGCAUCUCGACCCGCAUCCCAGCAUGGUGACGAUGAAGAUCCAGGCCCCAAAGGAAAACAAUCCUUGUUUGGCAAGCUUAAGUCAUUCGCUGCAGUAUCCCACUCGAGAUCACCAAGCAGUGCAAGCGCAGAUUUCCGACCACCCCCACCCGAUCUAGCUACCCCGGGAUCGGAAAGAGGGGAAUUCCGUUUCCCAGAGGCUCUGGAAGAAGAAGGAAGCGAGGGGGACGCCGAUGCGGAAGAAAGUGGAGGCGAGCAGCGUGACUCCCGGUCCAAGAAGAGAAAACAACGGCGACGAAAGCAACAAGAGGAUGAAGACGGUGCUCAGACGGCUCCUACGACACCCAAGACUGGACGGAGGCCAUCCUUCCACUUUUCUUCUUCGUUUGCACCGUUCGAUAACUAUCGCACCAACUUGUUCCCUCGAAGAGCGAGCACAACGGAUUUCACACCCCAACAGCGGGAGGGUGUGUCGGAAGACGAAGGCCGUGAGAGGCUUAGCCGGCGCAUGAGGAGUCGACCAUGGACGAACACCCGAGGGGCUAGCUUUACUGGGCAAGACCCUGAUGGUAACCAGGACGAACCGCGACCGUCCAAUCUAAGGCGACUGACCGGGUUUGCCGGUCAAGGAAAUGAAGAAAGCCUAACGGCAAGCUGGAGGCGCCAUCGAAACGAACGAGGUACCAGUGCCAGUGCUCAGCGAUGGAAGCAAAUCAAGGCUGGACUCAAGCUCAUUGGCCAGCGACGAAAGCCAGAAAAUACAGUGGACAACAAAAAGUCCGCCGAGCUGCUUGCUGAACUCGCUUCAGCUGUGCCUGCUGCGCUGAUCUUGGCCAGCGCUUUCCAGCGGGACGAGCACGGUAGCAAGAGAAUCCCGAUCCUGCUAGAACAAUUGAAGGUUCGGGUUACGGAUAGCCGGAUUGAUUCUCACUCGGGCGAUCGUCACCUGGUAUUCCGAAUCGAAAUGGAGUAUGGAAGUGGUAUGACUCGAAUGAAGUGGAUCAUCUUCCGCACACUGAGGGACUUUGCCAACUUGCACCUCAAGUACAAACUUCAUCUUGGAACUCAAAAGUACAUCCAACUUCGGACGAGCGAGAACAGCCCUAGUCUCCCUCGUUUCCCCAGGAGCGCCUUCCCCUACAUGCGAGGUGUACGAGGCCUAGAGAGUGAAUUCGAGGACGAAGAUGAAGAAGGUGGUUACGAGACUGGUGCAGAGGGUAUGAGUGGGACAGAGAGGCCGCCUAUAAAGAAAAAGCAGAGCCAGCAGCCACACCAGCGUCGGAUCUCUGGCCCGCUUGCUCGCAGAAAGUCCAGCAUUACCAACCAGGAAGGGGAGUGCACAGCUGCCGCAGGACCUUCAUCCACCCAUGAAGGAAUAUCCGGGGCCAGAAAAGAAACCUACCCCGGGAAACAGCGAAAGAAGCUUGAGCUCUAUCUGCAGAAGAUGAUUAGGUUCUUGAUCUUCAGGGCAGAUAGCAAUCGCUUGUGCAAGUUCUUGGAAUUGUCCGCUCUUGGUGUCCGUUUGGCCGCAGAAGGCAGCUACCACGGCAAAGAAGGAUUCCUGAUCAUCCAAUCCUCCAAGGGUCUUGAUUUCCGGAAGGCCCUCACCCCGUCUUUGGUUAAGAAACGCCAUUGGCCCAAGUGGUUCCUGGUCAGACACAGCUACGUAGUUUGCGUGGACUCCCCCGAGGAGAUGAACAUCUACGACGUCUUUUUGGUUGAUUCCCAUUUCAAGAUCCAAACACCGAAGCUCAGCCUCCGUAACCAGAACCCGAAAGACCUUGCUAAAUCUGCCAAACAGUCGGCGAGACAUCCACAACACCAUACUCUACGACUUGAAAACUCAGAGCGCAAAUUGAAGCUGCUGGCCCGAAAUGAGCGUCAACUCCAACAAUUUGAAGACUCGAUUCGUUUCAUGGUUGCAAACACCCCAUGGAUGCGCCCCAAUCGAUUUGACAGCUUUGCGCCUGUGCGACAGAACUGCUUUGCGCAGUGGCUGGUUGAUGCACGGGACCACAUGUGGGUUGUCUCACGAGCCAUUAAUCAGGCUAAGGACGUCAUCUACAUCCAUGACUGGUGGCUGAGUCCAGAGCUGUACAUGCGUCGCCCUGCUGCCAUCAGUCAAAAAUGGCGACUGGACCGCCUCCUACAGCAGAAAGCUCGUGAGGGUGUCAAGGUGUUUGUUAUUAUGUACCGCAACAUCAAUUCCGCCAUUCCUAUCGACUCGGAGUAUUCCAAGUUCUCUCUCCUCGAUCUCCAUCCGAACAUCUUCGUCCAACGAUCACCAAAUCAAUUCCGUCAGAACACUUUCUUCUGGGCCCAUCACGAGAAACUUUGUCUCAUCGACCACACCAUUGCAUUUGUUGGUGGCAUUGAUUUGUGUUUUGGUCGUUGGGACACUCCUCAGCAUCAACUGACUGAUGACAAGCCUACUGGCUUCGAAACUACCGAUGGACCCAAAGAUGCAGACCACUGUCAACUCUGGCCAGGCAAGGACUACUCCAACCCUAGAAUCCAGGAUUUCUAUGAUCUGGACAAGCCUUAUGAGGAGAUGUACGAUCGCAAUGUUGUUCCACGGAUGCCAUGGCAUGAUAUCUCCAUGCAUGUGGUAGGCCAGCCUGCUCGGGAUCUUACUCGUCAUUUUGUGCAACGUUGGAACUAUAUCUUGCGCCAACGAAAGCCUACCCGGCCGACACCGUUCCUUCUGCCCCCGCCAGAUUUCAACCCCGCUGAUCUCGAAGCUUUGGGUCUUGAUGGAACCUGUGAGGUGCAGAUUCUCCGUUCUAGCAGCAUGUGGUCGACAGGUACACCUGAUGUCACCGAGCAUAGUAUCAUGAACGCUUACGUCAAGUUGAUUGAAGAGUCCGAGCACUUCGUCUACAUUGAGAACCAGUUCUUCAUCAGCACUUGCGAGAUCGAAGGCAGGAAGAUUGAGAAUCUCAUUGGAGAUGCUUUAGUUGAACGUAUUGUCCGAGCAGCCAAGAAUGAGGAAGCAUGGCGUGCCGUCAUUGUCAUCCCGCUGAUGCCAGGCUUCCAGAACACCGUCGACAGCGAAGGUGGAACGAGUGUUCGUCUUAUUAUGCAGUGCCAAUACCGCAGUAUCUGCCGUGGAGAAACAUCAAUCUUCGGCCGCCUUCGUGCUCUUGGUAUUGAACCAGAGGACUACAUCCAGUUCUUCAGUCUUCGAACCUGGGGUAAGAUCGGACCGCAAAAGCAACUGGUGACCGAACAGCUGUACAUUCACGCCAAGUGUAUGGUCGUGGAUGAUCGCGCUGCCAUCAUUGGAUCAGCGAACAUCAACGAGCGAUCCAUGUUAGGCUCGCGUGAUUCAGAAGUCGCGUCCAUUGUCCGAGAUACCGAUAUGAUCAUGUCAACCAUGAACGGUAAGCCAUACCUAGUUGGACGAUUCCCGCAUACCUUGCGUAUGCGUUUGAUGAGAGAGCAUCUUGGAAUUGAUGUCGACGAGCUCAUGGAGCACGACUUUGCUACUGAGGAGGAGCUGCGCAAAAUUGAAGUUGCGGAGGGAGCUGGCCGUCCUGCCAAUGACCGAGAACAUAGAAACUCGGGUUCUUCGGCCAUUGAACGACAAGAUGAGAGAGAAAUGAUCGAGCGUCGGCACCGUGUUCAGGACGAAUUCCUCUCCCGCUCCGAGGCCAUGUAUAGCUUCAAUCAUGAUGUUGAUUGGGAACAGGGCGCCAACCCUAAUCUUAAAUCUAACCGGAAGCUCACUGCUGACCCGCGAGUUACCGACAACCCUGAUCACAGGAAAGACGUGGAAGGUGACGGUGUCGAUAAACUGUCGGCCGCUAUUCAGGCUGGGUUGGGAGUUGGGCGUGACUCCAAUAUCAACAAUGGAAGAGAAGCCUUGCUCUCCCCUAUAGCUUCGGAGGGCAGGGGUACCCUUGACCGGCCGAAAUCAUCAUCCCAGCAAAAGUCAACAUGUGCUUCCUCGAAUAUUAACGACCGAAGACCUGUGUCAUCGAGCGAGAACAAUCGCGUCUCGGAAGUCAUUGGCGAUAUACCCUUACAAGGUCAUGGAGCUUCUGGAUCGUCGAGUCGCGAGUCCGAAACAAAUGGUACCGGGUUGACCGUGUCUAGAGAAGAAAACGAUGACUCUAACCAUCACCAUCCAUUGGCUCCAGACCUCAAGCGUAUCUUCAUCGAUAAUGAUUGCAUGAGGGAUCCGGUCAUCGAUGGCUUUUACCUGGACACAUGGCAAGCUGUUGCCGAAAAGAACACGAAGAUUUACCGCUCUGUGUUCCGCUGCAUGCCCGACAAUGAAGUCAAGAGCUGGAAGGAAUACAAGGAGUAUGCCGCAUAUGGCGAGCGCUUUGCAGAGAUGCAGAGCCAGCAGGGUAACAAGCCAUCCCAACCUCAACAAAAACCAAAUAGCCCACCGCCGCAAGGUGCAGUCAACUCUCCCAUGUCGAUCGCCUCUCAAUUGUCUUUCAUUACCCCGAAGGUACCAGAGGGAUCGCCUUCAGACCUGAAGAGCCCUCAAACAAUCGACGAGAAGGUUGGAUCUGGAAAUGAGUCCGCCCGCCCUCAACCUGAACACCUGGCAAAGCACGAAACCUUGUCGUCUGUUGAUGAAAAGGCUGCUUUCAAGACCGCAUCAGACCCCAAUCUUUUGAACAGUGUUACGAACGGAACCAGCGACGAUAACGCUGUCGCUGGCGAAGACGUCGAAAAGACACGCUCGGCUUCGGCCCAGGUCGACUACUCCGAAGCCGUGAAUCUGAACCUGAACUCCACAAGCCAGUCCCGGAGACGCAGGCGUAGAGCUACAACCAUCGGGUCCAAGCGUGACCCCCAUGGCGCAGACGAAUUCAUGGAUAAAGGCCGUGCAGAAAACCUUCUAAGCAAGACGCAGGGCCAUCUCAUCCUCUGGCCGUAUGACUGGCUCGAAAAGGAAGAGCAGGGUGGUAAUUGGCUUUAUGCUUUGGAUCAAAUCUCUCCGCUGGAGAUUUACAACUAA